AUGGAAACGUCCUCUCCUCUCCCCACCGCCUCCGGCCCAAUAGCCAACUCCCCCUCCGACUUGUCUUACUCUUCAGGCGCUUCUCGCACUUCCACUCGAAAUACAUCUCCCGAUUCUACUGAUGCUACGACUUCUUCUGAACUCGCGUCGCAGCUCUUAGAUCUUGGUUUGAACACCAAUAUAGAGCACACCCCCAACUCUCUACUUGACUCUCAGCUUAAGAUGGAUCGAAACCCUUUCCAGUCCGUCAACGAACGUAGAAACAAGCUGGUUACGGACCGCAGCAAUACAACCCAAAUCCAACAGCCCCAACAGCCCCAACAGCACCAACAGCAACACUUUCAGCCUCAGACACUAAGACCUAGCAUGCAGUCUCUGAGUAUGGGGGUUAGAAAUCUUGCUUCGUCUAACUGGAGAUCGCAGACAGCUGAUGAGGCAGCACUAUCAGCUCGUACUGGCGAAUUCCCCCCGUUCGACCUUACUGUUGGCCAUCAUACACAACAGGGUUCUGGUGGUCGACACUCGUCAUAUGCAAGCCCUCGUUCAGAUCAGUUUCAGCAGCAGCAGCAGCAACAACUACUCUCUAGCAUGAUGCCUUACUCGGUUUCUAGCAACCUCAACGACUUCCAGCUGGAUUCCAGCUACGCUUACUGCUAUGAUCGAGGCAACGGCCAGUAUACGCGUCUGAUCCCUGCUGAUAUGUUGCCCGCUUUGAAGGAUAUUCCACCCCUACAGCAGAACUGCUCCGGAAUGCUGGUGUUGCCGCUACCACGAGGUCUGCCUUCAAAUGGUCGAUCUAGCAACACUAACCCGGUUAUCCUCAGAAGUCCAACGAAUUCCCCGUCCUCGACUUCGGAUAACAUCCAGUCACGAAUCGACACCAUCGUAGCUUCGACGCCCCCAACGCCAACAAGCCUAUCCAUGGCAACGGGAGUCGCAGGUCUAGGUCCCGGAUCCGCAGCCGGCGCUACGGGUCUUUCUCUCUCUCAGCACGCCCAACAUCCUCACCAGCACACCAGCCACAACAGCGGCCACAACCAUCCGCAGCAGCCGCAGCGACGUCCCAAGAUCUACUGCGACAAGUGGGUGCACGAGGGCGUGUGCGCAUUCACCCAGCAGGGCUGCAAGUACAAGCACGAGAUGCCCUUCGACAAGGUGACCCAGCACCAGCUCGGCCUGUUCCACGGCUUCCCCGCCUGGUGGAAGAAGCACCAGGCCGACCUGUCGCGGCAGAGAGACGGCCCCGAGGACUCGGUUAGGCUGAGCAGCGGUAGUGAGAGAUUUGCAGGCCGCGCUGGCGGAUGCAAUAAUAGUGGUGGACAUUCUGCUACUGCCAGUGCUGAUGUUGCGGGGAUGGCACCGGGUCUCCCGAGUUGGCGCCGCAGCGCUGAUGGCAUUCCUACGGAGCAGAAGGCGUUGGGAACGGGUCGUGGUAUGGCGAGGGAUAUGAGAGGAGGAGGAGGAGGAGGAGGAGGAGGAGGUAUUAAAAACCCUUUUGUGUCUUACUCGUCCCCCUUCGGCCCCAUCGCACCCCCGGCUCGGACCUCGUCUACGACCCCAGCGGCAUUUACAGCCGAUCAUCUUGAUACUGGUACUGCGUCGAAGACGACGGGAGGAGCCGGGGGCAAUCAUGGCAGUGCUCCGAAUGCGAACCCGUACUCUUCUCUCGAGGCGCUGGAGGAGAGUGCUAAUGGCAAGGGCGGAGAGGAGGCCAAGGCGUCGGUCGGAGGCUCUAGCGGAGCGCGUCUGAUUUGA